CGCGGCGCCGCGCUCCGCUGGUUCCUCAGCUUCCAGCCAAGAUGGCGGACAGCCUCGAGGGUCUGGGCGCCGUCCCAGAGCACGAGCGAAUCUUGCAGGAGAUUGAGAGCACGGACACUGCCUGCGUGGGGCCCACCCUUCGGUCUGUGUAUGAUGACCAACCAAAUGCACACAAGAAAUUUAUGGAAAAAUUAGAUGCUUGUAUCCGUAAUCAUGACAAGGAAAUCGAAAAGAUGUGUAAUUUUCAUCAUCAGGGGUUUGUAGAUGCCAUUACAGAGCUUCUUAAAGUAAGAGCUGAUGCAGAAAAACUGAAGGUGCAAGUUACUGAUACCAACCGAAGGUUUCAAGAUGCUGGAAAAGAGGUGAUAGUUCAAACAGAAGAUAUUAUUCGAUGUAGAAUUCAACAAAGAAAUAUUACUACUGUGGUAGAAAAAUUACAAUUAUGCCUUCCAGUACUGGAAAUGUACAGCAAACUAAAAGAACAGAUGAGUGCAAAAAGGUAUUAUUCUGCCUUAAAAACUAUGGAGCAAUUAGAGAAUGUGUACUUCCCUCGGGUUAGUCAAUACCGGUUUUGUCAGCUAAUGAUAGAAAAUCUUCCUAAACUCCGUGAGGAUAUUAAAGAAAUCUCCAUGUCUGAUCUCAAAGACUUUUUGGAAAGCAUUCGAAAACAUUCUGACAAAAUAGGUGAAACAGCAAUGAAACAGGCACAGCACCAGAAGACCUUCAGUGUUGCUCUGCAGAAGCAAAGUAAUGUGAAAUUUGGAAAGAAUGUCUAUAUCAAUCAUGAAAGAAUUCUAGGAGAAAGGAAUGAAAUUACAUUGAAACAUGUACUUGAGGAUGAAGAUGAGAAUGAAGAGGAGGUCUUAACUGUUCAAGAUCUUGUUGAUUUUUCCCCUGUUUACCGAUGUUUACACAUUUAUUCUGUUUUGGGUGAUGAGGAAACGUUUGAAAAUUAUUACCGAAAACAAAGAAAGAAACAAGCAAGACUAGUGUUGCAGCCGCAGUCAAGUAUGCACGAAACAGUUGAUGGCUAUAGAAGAUACUUCACCCAAAUUGUAGGGUUCUUUGUGGUGGAAGAUCACAUUUUACACGUAACUCAAGGAUUAGUAACCAGGGCAUACACUGAUGAACUUUGGAACAUGGCCCUCUCAAAGAUAAUUGCUGUCCUUAGAGCUCAUUCAUCUUACUGUACUGAUCCUGAUCUUGUUUUGGAGUUGAAGAAUCUUAUUGUAAUAUUUGCAGAUACUUUGCAAGGAUAUGGUUUCCCAGUGAACCGACUCUUUGACCUUUUAUUUGAAAUAAGAGAUCAAUACAAUGAAACACUGCUUAAGAAAUGGGCUGGAGUUUUCAGGGACAUUUUUGAAGAGGAUAAUUAUAGCCCUAUUCCUAUUGUCAGCGAAGAAGAGUAUAAAAUUGUCAUUAGUAAAUUUCCCUUUCAAGAUCCAGACCUUGAAAAGCAGUCUUUCCCAAAGAAACUCCCCAUGUCUCAAUCAGUGCCUCAAAUUUAUAUCCAAGUUAAAGAGUUUAUUUAUGCAAGCCUUAAGUUUUCAGAAUCACUCCACCGGAGCUCAACAGAAAUAGAUGAUAUGCUUAGAAAAUCCACAAAUCUGCUGUUGACCAGAACUUUGAGUAGCUGUUUACUGAACCUUAUUAAAAAGCCUCAUAUAGGUUUAACAGAGUUAGUGCAAAUAAUCAUAAACACAGCACACCUGGAACAAGCUUGUAAAUACCUUGAAGACUUUAUAACUAACAUUACAAAUAUUUCUCAAGAAACCAUUCACACCACGAGGCUUUAUGGACUUUCUACGUUUAAGGAUGCUCGACAUGCAGCAGAAGGAGAAAUAUAUACCAAACUUAAUCAGAAAAUUGAUGAAUUUGUUCAGCUUGCUGAUUAUGACUGGACAAUGUCUGAGCCAGAUGGAAGAGCUAGUGGUUAUUUAAUGGAUCUUAUUAAUUUUUUGAGAAGCAUCUUUCAAGUGUUUACUCAUUUGCCUGGGAAGGUUGCCCAGACAGCUUGCAUGUCAGCCUGCCAGCAUCUGUCAACAUCCUUAAUGCAGAUGCUCCUGGACAGUGAAUUAAAACAGAUAAGCAUGGGAGCUGUUCAGCAGUUUAACUUAGACGUCAUACAGUGUGAAUUGUUUGCCAGUUCUGAACCUGUGCCAGGAUUCCAGGGGGACACACUACAGCUAGCAUUCAUUGACCUCAGACAACUGCUUGACCUGUUUAUGGUUUGGGAUUGGUCUACAUAUCUGGCUGAUUAUGGACAGCCAGCUUCUAAGUACCUUCGCGUGAAUCCAAACACAGCCCUGACUCUUCUGGAGAAGAUUAGUGGAAGGAUGAAGGAUACUAGCAAAAAGAACAAUAUAUUUGCUCAGUUCAGGAAGAAUGACCGAGACAAACAGAAGCUGAUAGAGACCGUGGUGAAGCAGCUGAGAACUCUGGUGAAUGGUAUGUCCCAGCACGCGUAGCCCUCACACCGCACACGGCCGUGCUGCACCGACCUCCGAGCCCUGACACAGGGAUGUGUUUAUAGAAUUAAGGAAGGCGACAGAGGAAAUACACUGGUCAGGGCUCAACAAAGAAACAGUGACUAAUAUCAUUUGUAUGGCUUUUUAAAUAAUUGAAUACUAUUUUAUAUAUGGAAAAUGUGACUUUUUCACUUUUAGAAGGAAAAAGGAUAAAAUUGUAAUAUAUAAAUCAAAUAAAAGAUAAUAUCAAAAUGAUUCCAAAUUUAUUAUUUAAAAAAUCGUAUGCCUCCCCUUUUAAGUAUUUUUUCUAUCUAGUCUAUAUAACUUUUUGUUGUGUUUUAUCAGCUCGUGGGUGUCAGAUGCAAUCAUUUCUGCCUCAGCAGCAUUUCGUUGUCAUGUUCUGACUUUCAGCUUCUUUUUCAUCUCGAGUAUAAUUUAAGCAGGUUAAAAAUUUUUGAUUCUGCUGAUUCUGAGGAAGAAGGAGACAAAUAUUAAAAUUCCCUGAAGUCAAAUUUGGCUCAGUAAGAAUGUGAAUUAUCUGUGCUACUUGCGUAGUUUGAUUCAGUUUUUCUGAAAGUGAAGAAAAGGUUUUGAUUUCCUAAACUGUGCUGUUUCCAGGGCUAAUGCUUGUAAUUGUGUGGCUGGUCACACUCUAGAGUUGGGUUGGUUCAAGCAAAAAGAGGACAAGAGCUGACAAGAAGGAGCCUGGAGGUGCAGCUGGUGCAGGGUCCCCCUCCCCCAAGGCACCGGAACAGGGUCCAGGGCUCUCUCCAAAGGCAGCCCUCUGGUUCCUCACCGUGGACACAGGUCGGACCACAGGAACUCCGGAGGACCUACAGCUGGGCGUGUCCUGGGGUACCAGUUACCGGAGUCUGAGUGGCAGUAUCAAUAUGCUCUUAAUUUUCCCUACUGUAUUUACUGUGAAUUUACCUCCUUUGCAUUUUCAGGAUCUGUAAUUGUAAGAAACCAUACAUCUGACUCUGUUAAAAAAAAAAAAAAGUGCGAAGAAUGAUCUGUACAUCUCUUUGAUUUUGUGAUGCAAUAUUAAAAAGGCUGAACAAGUUGUUGAAAA